CUACUAGCUCUAACAUAUCUACUCUUCGCAAUGUCCUUGCUGAUUCUAGCUGGUCCUCAGGCAUUGUCUCCUUUCAGAGUGGCCACUUUGACUAAUGACAUCAACACUGCCGUCAACUCGUCAGUCGUCACUUCAAUCCGUUCUGCCUACAUCCAUUAUGUCUCAUUGAAAGACGGUUCAGAUCUAUCUAAAGAUUCAAAGAAAUCUCAACUAUUGGAAACUUUGUUGAAGUAUGAUCAACCUUUAGAUUUGGAGGAUGCUUUGACUCAACAAUUGGUCAAGAUCUCAACCACUGAAGAAACUUUACAACCUGAAGAUGAGGAUUCAUAUGUCAUUAGAAUCCUUCCAAGACCAGGUACUAUCUCUCCAUGGUCAUCAAAAGCUACCAAUAUUUCAAAUGUCUGUGGUCUUGAUGACGACGUUGAUAGAAUUGAAAGAGGUUUAGCCCUUUUGGUUAAAGUUCGUCGUGGGUUCCCAUUGAAAAAUUACAUUCUUGAUGGUAGUUCAUUAACUUCAGUUUAUGACAGAAUGACUCAAUCUUUAUAUAUUGAAAAAGCACCAGUUAAUGAUGAUUUAUUUGCUCAUCAUAAACCAAAACCACUAGUUGAAGUUGAUCUAUCUCAAAAACCAAGAGAAAAAUUGGAAACUGCAAACAAAAUCUUGGGUUUAGCUUUAGAUCAAGGUGAAAUUGAUUAUUUAGUCAAUGCUUUUGUUAAUCAAAUUGGUAGAAACCCAACUGAUGUUGAAUUAUUCAUGUUUGCUCAAGUUAAUUCUGAACAUUGUCGUCAUAAAAUCUUCAAUGCUGACUGGGAAAUUGAUGGUGAAAAAAAACCUUUAAGUUUGUUCAAAAUGAUUAGAAACACUGAAGAAAGAAACCCACAAUACACUGUCAGUGCUUAUAGUGAUAAUGCUGCCGUCUUUGAAGGUCCAGAUGCUUAUUUAUAUACCCCAAACCCAAAAACUAAAGUUUGGACUUCUAAAAAGGAAAGAGUUCAUACUUUAGUUAAAGUGGAAACUCAUAAUCACCCAACUGCUGUUUCUCCAUUCGCUGGUGCUGCUACCGGUUCAGGUGGUGAAAUUAGAGAUGAAGGUGCAGUUGGUAGAGGUUCAAAAUCUAAAUGUGGUCUUUCAGGGUUUUCUGUUUCAGAUCUUUUAAUUCCAGAAUAUGAACAACCAUGGGAAUUGAAAGAUAUUGGUAAACCAAACCAUAUUGCUUCUCCAUUAGAUAUUAUGAUCGAAGCUCCAAUCGGUUCUGCCGCUUUCAACAACGAAUUUGGUCGUCCAUGUAUCAAUGGUUAUUUCAGAACCUUAACUACAUCCGUCACUAAUGCUGAAGACAAAGAAGAAAUUAGAGGUUUCCAUAAACCAAUCAUGAUUGCUGGUGGUAUGGGUGCUAUUAGACCUCAAUUAGCUUUGAAAAAUUAUAAAAUCACCCCAGGUGCUGCCUUGAUCGUUUUAGGUGGUCAAUCAAUGUUAAUUGGUUUAGGUGGUGGUGCUGCUUCAUCGGUUGCAUCUGGUGAAGGUUCUGCUGAUUUAGAUUUUGCCUCUGUGCAAAGAGGUAACCCAGAAAUGCAACGUCGUGCUCAACAAGUUAUUGAUGUUUGUGUUGCUCUAGGUGCUAAUAACCCAAUCCAAUCUAUUCAUGAUGUUGGUGCAGGUGGGUUAUCAAAUGCCUUACCAGAAUUAGUCCACGAUAAUGGUCUUGGUGCUAAAUUCGAAUUAAGAGAUAUCUUAAGUUUGGAACCAGGUAUGUCACCAAUGGAAAUUUGGUGUAAUGAAUCUCAAGAACGUUACGUAAUGGCUGUUGCUCAACAAGAUUUAGAUUUCUUUAAAGAAAUUUGUGAAAGAGAAAGAGCUCCAUAUGCAGUUGUUGGUCAUGCUACAUCUGAAGAACGUUUAAUCUUGACUGAUAAAUUAUUGAAAACUACUCCGAUUGAUUUGGAAAUGUCAAUAUUGUUUGGUAAACCACCAAAAAUGUCAAGAACUGCUAAAACUGCACCAUUAAAAUUAACUCCAGUUGAAUUAAAAGAUGUUAAAGUUGAAGAUGCAUUAGAUAGAGUCUUACAUUUACCAGCUGUUGGUUCCAAAUCAUUCUUGAUCACUAUCGGUGAUCGUACAGUUACUGGGUUAAUUGACCGUGAUCAAUUAGUUGGUCCAUGGCAAGUUCCAGUUGCAGAUGUUGGUGUUACUGCUACUUCUUUAGGUGAAACUAUUGUUAGUACUGGUGAAGCUUUAGCUAUGGGUGAAAAACCAACCUUGGCUUUAAUCUCUGCAGCUGCUUCUGCUAAAUUAUCAGUUGCUGAAUCAUUAAUUAACUUGUUCGCUGCUGAUAUCAAGUCAUUAGAUGCUGUUAAAUUAUCUGCUAAUUGGAUGUCUCCAGCAUCACACCCAGGUGAAGGUUCUAAAUUAUAUGAAGCUGUUCAAGCUAUUGGUUUAGAAUUAUGUCCAGAAUUGGGAGUUUCCAUUCCAGUUGGUAAAGAUUCCAUGUCAAUGAAGAUGAAAUGGGAUAACAAAGAAGUUACAGCUCCAUUAUCAUUAGUUAUCACUGCAUUCGGUCCAGUUGGUAACACUUCUAAAACUUGGACCCCACAAUUAAUCAAGACUGAAGAAUCAACAGUUUUAGUUUUGGUUGAUUUAGCUGCAAAGGUCUUAAAAUCAUUAGGUGGUUCUGCAUUAGCACAAGUUUAUAAUCAAGUUGGUGAUUCAUCACCAAAUGUUCAUGAUGCUAGUAUCUUGAAAUCAUUUUUGAAUGGUAUUACUGCUUUACAUCAAACUGAUUUAGUUUUAAGUUAUCAUGAUAGAUCAGAUGGUGGUUUGAUUGUCACUUUAUUAGAAAUGGCAUUCGCUGGUAGAUCCGGUUUAAAUGUUGAUUUAACUAAUGAAUCUGAAGAUGCUUUGACCAGUUUGUUCAAUGAAGAAUUAGGUGCUGUUUUCCAAGUUUCUAAAUCAAGAUAUGAAGAAUUCUUGUCAGUGUUGAAAGAAGCUGGUAUUCCACCAGAUUUAGUUUCAAUUGUUGGUGAACCAGUUUUCAACAAGGAACAAUCAAUCAAGGUCACUUAUAACGGUGAAGAAGUUAUCAAUUCAACAAGAGCUACAUUACAACAAGCUUGGGCUGAAACUUCAUACAAGAUUCAAAGAUUGAGAGAUAAUCCAAAAUCUGCAGAUCAAGAAUAUCAAUCAAUUCAAGAUAAUCAAGAUCCAGGUCUUUCAUACAAAUUAACAUUUAAUCCAACAGAUGAUUUACAAAUCUCAUCAUUAACUGAAAAACCAAAAGUUGCCAUCUUGAGAGAACAAGGUGUUAAUGGUCAACAAGAAAUGGCUUGGUCAUUUGAACAAGCAGGUUUCACUGCGGUUGAUGUUCAUAUGACUGAUAUCAUUACAGGUCGUGUUACUUUAGAUGACUUUGUGGGGUUCGCAGCAUGUGGUGGGUUCUCAUAUGGUGAUGUUUUAGGUGCAGCUUCAGGUUGGGCUAAAUCUGUUUUGUACAAUGAAAGGGCUAGAAAUGAAUUUUAUAAAUUUUUCAACGAAAGGGAUGAUACAUUUGCGUUUGGUGCUUGUAAUGGUUGUCAAUUUUUAUCAAGAAUUGCUGAAUUGAUUCCAGGUACAGAAAACUGGCCAACUUUUGAAAAAAAUUUAUCAGAACAAUAUGAAGCAAGAGUUACAAUGGUUGAAAUUGUGGAAAAUUCAGAUGUUACACCAAGUGUUUUCUUGAAUGGUAUGAAAGGUUCAAAAUUCCCAAUUGCUGUUGCACAUGGUGAAGGUUAUGCAUCUUUCAAAUCUAGUGAAUCAUUAGAUAAGAUGCAUAGUGAAGGUUUAGUUUCUGUUAGAUUUGUUGAUAACUAUGGUAAUACUACUGAAAAAUAUCCAUUCAAUCCAAAUGGUUCACCAAAUGGUGUUACAGGUGUUAGAACUCCAAAUGGUAGAGUUUUAGCAAUGAUGCCACAUCCUGAAAGAGUUGUUAGAAAAGAAGCUAAUUCUUGGUAUCCAGUUAAAGAAUCUGAACUAUGGGAGAAUUAUGGUCCAUGGGUUAGAUUAUUCCGUAGUGCCAGAAAAUGGGUUAAUUAG